AUGCUGGGACAAGGCAAAACAGUUUAUCAAGCUGAAAUUGAUGCAGCUUGUGAAUUAGCGGAUUUUUUGCGAUUUAUUGCAGAGUUUGCUCAACGAUUGUAUGAUUAUCAACCAGUAAACGUUGUUCCUUCGAUACAAAAUUCGGUUCGACAUAGAGUGUUGGAAGGAUUUAUCGCCGCUAUUUCUCCAUUCAAUUUCACAGCCAUUGGAGGAAACCUUGCAUAUGCCCCUGCGAUUAUGGGAAAUGUUGUUCUGUGGAAACCCUCUGACACAGCAUUGUUGUCGAACUAUAUAGCAUUCCGAUUGAUGGAAGAAAGUGGAAUUCUUCCUGGCGUAGUGAAUUUCUUGCCUACAGAGGGUCCUACUUUUGGACGAGCGAUUACCAACUCGACGCAUCUAAGCGCCAUUAAUUUCACAGGAUCUGUUCUUACAGUCCACUGGUUGUGGAAGCAAGUAGGAGAAAAUGUUGACCGCUUCCGGAAUUUGCCACGUUUGGUUGGCGAGUGUGGAGGGAAGAAUUACCAUUUGCUUCAUUCAUCUGCUAAUGUGGAGCACGUUGUCAAUUCUACCCUUCGUGGCAAAAGCAGCUAUUUCUGA